CUCAGUGUCAGCCUGACUCCUGCCCACAACACACCGUCUCCUGCUCCUAGGAUUACUCUGUACUCAUAAGCGAGGACGCGCAGCACAGGAGCCCCGUAGAGGAGCUAGCAGCCCCCCGGAACCCAGCCCAGCAACAUGGGGACCAGCAUGUCAUGUGUUCCCCAGCACAACUUCAGAUUCUCCAGCAAGAGUUUCAUUCGCAGGAACAGCAGUCGUCUGUUCCGGAAGAAGAACCCUCAGGAGGGUCAGGAGAAGUCCAACAGCAUCAUCAACAUCCUCUGCACCGUCACCCCACGCAAGGAUAUGUCUCAUAAAGACCUGCAGGCCAUCGACAGCGCCAAGUGGGACCCUCCGUUCCCAUACGACCCGGCCAGCGGCUGGAAGAAGAGCAGCGUGAACGUAAAGAACUACGGCAGGAUGGUGCACAGCUCCAGGGUCCGCUUCCGCUUCCUGCACUGCCAGGAUGUGCAUGACUGCUACCUGGAUCUCUUCCAGACACACCUUCACUUCGUCUCAAACAACACAACUGGACUCACGUAUCAGGGAACUCUUCCUCUGAAGGAGCUCAGUAUCUGCAAACUCAGCCAAACGCCCCAGGAGUUCUCCUUCCAGGUCAACGGUGUCAGUCUGAACCCCAUCAUCGUCUUCUGUGCCAACCAGGAAGAGAUGGACAUGUGGUUUGAGCUGCUCCGAGAACAGAUCGAGGCCAACGGAGGCACGGCCAUCGCAGCUGAGACCUACACCAGGGUCAAGGUGAGCCAGGAGAACCGAGAGGACCUGAGGAACUCCAUCAGCAGGGAACCCAUCUACGAGUGGGAGGGCUCCCAGAGAGAGAGCCUGGGCACCAUCACCUACGUCACCAAGGUUCUCCUGCAGCACCUGCCCUGCCAGGAACAGGGCGUCAGGCUGCUGGUGAUGUACCCAGCAACGCUCAUCAUCCUGUCUGAGGAGAGCGAUGGACUCUUCUACAAGGGUAAACUUCCACUCAACAUGAUCACAGUGACCACUCCCUGUCAGGAUGUGAAGCCCAACACCUUCAUGAUUGAGGGGAAGCUUAUCAACCCCAUCGUGGUGUCCUGCCGGUCACAGGCUGAGUUCUGUGACUGGAUCCAGUACUUCAAAGCUGCUGACGUCCCUGUACUCAGCCCGCCGCCCCCCGUCUACGACAUCAUCUACACGCCCACGCAUACUAGAGAGGUUCCGGAGUUCGACAGGUGGAGCGGGAGCAGUCAGCGGAGGCGUGGCGGAUCUCUGAGUCUCAGCCAAUCACAGAGCGUACGCGGCUCCCACCACCUUCAGUUUCCGAGACCGGAGGACGACCCCCUCUCCCCCGGCUACACCGAGCCGCUACGCUACAGCUCCAGCCGCCCCUCCUCCACUGAGACGUCUCAGCUGGGCAGCCGGAGCAACAGUGUGUCGUCUCACCCCAGGCCCGAAUGCGACCUCCGACCUCUGUCGCUACGCUACUCCUCCGCCCAGCGGGGUCCCCCCCUCCCCCCCUCAGAGGCCCCCGUGCAGUCCCCCAUCUACAACACCCCCUUCCUGCACGGCCAGCACCGCGCCAACCCCCCUCGGAUGGACAAGGCCCCUCUGGUGAAGUCCAACAGCUGGAGCACAGCUCAGACGUCCCCUGAAGUUCCCUGGGGCCGCCCCCCAUCGCCACUCCAGUAUGUGCGCCCCCCACCCGCCCCUCUCGCCCCUGUACGACGAGCCCUGCACCCCCGACAUCUACGCCCUGGAGGAGCACAGCUCCAGACCUGCGCAGCAGGGCUGGCUGGGCUCACAGCAGCACCCUCACCACCAGCAGACCCCCCCAGCUGCUACCCUCCAGCUUCCAGCUACGCACCCCUCCCUUGGGCAGACGCUGCCGUGGGAGUCUGGUCCUGCCUCAAGACCAGGGCCAGGGUCAGAGGCUGGACCAGAGGCUGGGCCAGAGCCAAGACCAGGACCAGGGUCAGAGACUGGGCCAGGGUCAGAGGCUGGGACAGGGUCAGAGGCUGGGCCAGGGGCUGGGCCAGAGCCAAGACCAGGACCAGGGUCAGAGGACUGGGCCAGGGUCAGAGGCUGGGCCAGGGUCAGAGGCUGGGCCAGGGGCUAGGGAUGGAGGCUCUCUACAGCCAGGUGAACCACCGGGCCGAUGCAGUCUCCAGGCUGAAGCUGCUGCCUGCCCCCAACACAACCGUUCAAGAGCAGAGACUCUUCCCCUCCUCCUCCACCACCAACAACCAGCAGUACGCUUACUCACCGGAUCAUCUCUCCUACCUUGAACCCAGAGAACCAGAUGACCAGGAAAUGGACUAUGACAACAUUUGGGAGUACGACUAUAAUACUGGGAUGAUUCAGCCCAUGUCUGGAAUUCCGACACACCGGACGGGAUUAGAUUCCGGGGCCAGAGGCAUGAGUGCCGUGGCAACGCAUCAGAGAUGGUCGUAAAAUCAGAACAAUAGCUUCAUCACCCGUCUGGACGCGUAUAAACAACAGAUCGGUAUCGCUGCCCCUCGCAGAACCAACUGUCAAAAACCCUCUCGCUUCCUGCGCAGCGAGGAAUGAUGAGCCCGCUGGAAUAAUUUAGAAGAAAGUUGUUGUGAACGGCGAUGUGUUACCGAGGCAACGCCGUGUUUACUGUGUAGGCCCUACGUGUAUAUAUGAGGCAAUGGAAGCAGAAAUACUAUGACGUUAAACUGGUAGGAAACACACUGGUAGGAUACGACCACUCGCAUGUUAAAUGUAGCAUUGAAGAUUAAAGUGCAAAAUGUUUAUAGUUUCUAUAUGUGAAAGCUUGAAAAUGUAUAUUUUUUAUACUUUUUUGCAUUAAGAUCCUAAUCAGUUACGGCUUUUAGCUCAAUAUUGUAACGUUUGUAUUAUUUAUGGACUAUUUCCUGCAUAAAGCCAUUCUGUUUACAUGUUUUGUUAUUUUAGUUAUUUAAUUAAUAUAACAUGUUAUUACAGCUUUUCUAUGUAAGCAUUCCAUCAAGCAAGUUUAAGUACAGUUAUUUAUUUUACCAAAAGAUUACAUUGCAAAGUUUGGUGGCUUGAAUGGACUUCCUGGUUGUGCUAUAAUGUAGAUCUUUUUUAUCAAGAUAUUGCGUAUGGCUAUUUUCAGUAAUGUUGUGUGAGGUGUUUAUUUAUAUUUGGAAAUAAAAAAUAAUAAUAUUG